CCCGAUUCUGAUUGACGUUUUCGGGACGUGACGUAACGAGUUUACAAUUUGAGCGAUUCUAAUUCCAACUUUCGUUCAAGACCUCUCGAGUAUAUCUGUCAGAAUCACUCGGGACGUAGAGCGGUAGUGAAAUUAGAAAAAGUGUGGUUAAGAAGCUGUGAGGUUGAUAUUUGUGCGACUUGAGACUUGAUAUUUGACAUUUGUGUGAUUUGAUAUUUGUUUGAUUUUGUCAACAUGAGUUUUAAAAUAAAUCAAGAACAUUUAAUAACAAUUUUAAAUUUUAUGGAGGGAACAUGAACAUUUUGCAAGUGGCAGACUCUCCGUUUCCAAUGCGAAACAAGAAUUUAGAAGACUGUGGACAGAGCUUUCCACAAAAUUAAAUUCACUGGGAUACGGAUUGAAAACGACGGAAAAAUGGCAAAAAUUGGAACUUUCCCAAACACCAUGCUCCUCAUCUUCCUUGACAGUGAAGUCAGAAACUCCAAGAAAAAAUGAAAUGAGUGCAAAAACAAUUGAAAUGGAACACAGUUACCUUCCAUCCAAUCGGAAAAACCGGUUGCAAGGUUACAAAAGAAAAAUAUCGGAUAAUCCAAACAACCCCAAUUUUAGUGGAAUGUAUGAAGAAUCAAUAAAAGCUAUUAAGAGCAUUGAAAAGACAAUUAACGAAAAUUUUAGGUAUCAAAGUAGUUUCUCCGAAUUCGCCCCCAUAUUCAAUCCCUACGGAGGAAUGUACAUCCCCGAAUUCACGCAAAAGCCUCUCGAUGGGAGUUUCCACCAUCAACAACAACAACCCCCUUAUGAAAAUUUCACCAACGAAAAUUUCACGGAAUCAAAAGAAAACCAAUACACGAGUUUGAAUCCCGUGACUUCCACUAAUAAAAUCGAAUCGUUUUCGGAAUUACUCAACGGACGAUAUGGAAGUUAUCCGACCUACGAAGGAGAGUUCAGUAAUUUGAACGAAACUUCCCAAAACGGCGCGGAAAAAAGUAACGAAAAUUCGACCAAUUCGGAAGAGGCUGAUGAAAAUUUUGGAGAGAUUAUUAAAAAAUCCAUGGUAGAAACGGUUUCUGCGUAAAGUUAAUGUUUUAAAG